AUGCAAGGAGUCAAGUCAGUCAAGAAGACUGAUUUGAAUGCCCGUUUCCUUUUCAUUGCUCCUCCAUCUGUCGAGACUUUGAAGUCUCGUCUCGAGGGCCGUGGCACUGAGACCCAAGAAUCUCUUAAUAACCGUCUUAAUCAAGCUCUUGCUGAGCUUGAGUACUCCAAGGAGCCUGGUGCUCACGACAAGAUCAUCGUUAACGAUGACCUUGAAAAGGCCUAUGCUGAGUUAAAAGCUUUUGUCACUUCUGAAUAG